UUUUCCAGAAUGCAACUGCAAUCCAGCUGGAGCCAUCCGUGUUCCUGGUCAACCCUUGGGUGGUUGUGGCCCUGGGGCAGCAAUGUCAGACAAACUGUGCGAAUGCAAGGAGAGGGUCAUUGGAAAUAUAUGCGACACAUGUAAAACCGGAUAUUGGGAUUUAGAUUCAAAUAAUCCCCUUGGAUGCCGUCAAUGUGAAUGCAAUCCAGCAGGAACAGUGGGGGGCAUCAAUGUGUGUGAUGGCGCCACUGGUCAGUGCAUGUGCAAAGUAGACGUUGUGGAGCGCAACUGUAACCAGUGUAAGGACGGAACCUAUGCCCUAUCUGCAAACAAUCCGUUUGGAUGCAAAGCCUGUGACUGCAAUGUCGGAGGAUCUGCCACCAUGAACUGCAAUAAGCAAACUGGUCAGUGUAUUUGUAAACCACGAGUUUUUGGAAUGAAGUGUGACAAGCCAUUGAAGACAUACUUCUUCCCAACUCUCCAUCAACAGAAAUAUGAAAUUGAAGAUGGUUACCGACCAGGCGGAGGCAAAGUCUACUUUGCCUUCAAUCAAAGAGUAUUCCCAGACUUCUCUUGGAAAGGUUAUGCCAUCAUGUCUGAGAAACAGCCAGAGGUCCUGAUCCAGUCCCUCAUCCAGAAACCCUCGCUCUACCGACUGCUCAUCCGCUACCACAACCAACACGACGAAGCCGUGGAAGGGAAGAUAACACUGACCCCUCGCAUCCCCACUGACACCGAGCAAAUGGCAAUGAUCACCUUCCAGCCAACCGACAAGCCAACCUUCACCAAAUCUGCAGACGUGAGUUCAAUCCUUGUGCUCAACCCUGGAAAAUGGACCAUUUCAAUCAAGGUAUCAUCGGAGCAUCUAAACGAGGACCUCUUCUUGGAUUACCUCGUAUUGGUCCCCCAACAUUAUUAUGAAGCCACAGUUCUCCAGGACCGAAUCACUCGCCAGUGUUCCGUCAUCAAUGACAAGGGACCGUGUCUCCACUACCAAUACCCAGAACUCAAAGGAUUCUCCACCAUUCUUGGAAUCAAAGCCUACGUUGAGAAGAACGGCCGGAAAAAUUCUCCCCGGCUUUUCAAUAAUGACACCAUUGUCUCAGAACUGAAGAUUAAAGGACUGGUUGACCUCAACGAGAAACAGAGGAAAUUAAAAUUCGACGUUGACGUUCCACACCCAGGGAUGUACGUCCUGGUUGUUAACUAUCACAACCCACAUCAAGUCAAAGAGAACACCAUCCAGAUUUUGGGACCCUCUGGACUGUCUGGUGGUUUGACCUUGUUAGAAUGUAGCUACAGUACCUUGUGCCGGCAAGUUGCCAAGAUGGACGAUGAGAUUGGAGUUUUCAACUUCACUACAACCACAGGAACCGUCACCUUGGUGGGCAAUGACGAGACUAAUACUUUCAUCGAAUCAGUGGCAGCCAUCCCUUUCCAUGAAUGGAAACAAGGUUACAUCAGACCAACAAUAGUCUGCAUCAAGGUUAAUGGAGUGUGUGCUGGGUCACACUUUUCCAACCCAGCUGGAUUCGAUAGAAUUGAAGCAGAAAGUGAACCAAACCAGGACAGAAUAGCCACAGAUCUUCCCUUUGGUAUUUGGGACACCAGUGUAGGACUGGUCAAGCUGAACGGUAGCAUGCCAACGUUGGAUGUUUCUGGAACUGUUAGGACUGGUCAGCAAGUCAUUGUUGUCCACUACUACCAACCAACUCGUCCUGAGGCCACUAUCAAGGUGACCAUUUAUUCCAAGGACCGUAUUUACACUGGUACCUUAAAAGCUGACUUCUGCUCAAGCCAGACUGGUUGCCGUGGAAUCAUAAAAUUAGACGAGGAGGGUCAGUACCACGUGGACAUCAUAGACCCAGAGCUACGCAUUAGCUUCAACUCAACAACUGACGCUGAUGUCUGGCUGGACUAUAUUAUGCUGGUCACUUCCAACAAGUACGCCCCGGAACUCCUUGUCUUCCAGCCAGUCGACAAGUCUGCAGACUUCCUCAGCGAAUGCAUCGAUGACUCCCUAAACUUGAAACAAGGUAAAGAGAAGCUGAAGUCCUGUCGUACUCGGCUUUUUGCCCUCACCACAGACUACAACAACGGCGCCCUCUACUGCAAGUGCAAUGUGGACGGUUCCCUCAGCUUCUCAUGCCGUGCCUUUGGCGGUCAGUGUAAGUGUCGUCCAAACAUCAUCGGCCGCGACUGCUCAGCCUGCCGUUCUGGUUACUACGGUUUCCCAAGAUGUCGUCGAUGUAGGUGCCGUGUGGGCAAGUGUGACCCUGUUGAUGGCUCCUGUGUGUGCCCACCCUUCGUGGAAGGGGCCCAGUGUGACAGCUGUGUCAAACACACUUUUGGCUACGACCCCUAUGUCGGCUGUCAGGAAUGCAACUGUCAUCCUUACGGUGUGGAAAACCACAACCUCAGCUGCAACCAACAAAAUGGACAGUGCAACUGUAGGCCAUCCAUCAAAGGCGUCCACUGUGACACGUGCCUGAUGGGACAUUAUGGGUUCCCUCACUGCCGCCGUUGUGACUGCGACUCUCUCGGCACUGAAGAUCAGGUCUGUGACCAAGCAUCAGGCACCUGCCUCUGCAAAGAAAACACCGAACAACCAACCUGUACCUCAUGUCGUUCAGGAGCCUUCUACCUGGAGAAAGCAAACCCGAAAGGAUGCACCCUUUGCUUCUGCUUCGGAACAACAUCCAGCUGUGACCACUCAACACUCACAUGGGUCACAAUAUCCGACAUGAAGAACUGGACACUACCUAACACCGUCGAUGCUAUUAUCGAAGAAGGGUCAUCCGAGAUUUCUGCCAUUAUCAACUUGGUUGAAGACGAAAAGAAGCCCCUUUAUUGGUCUGCGCCUUACACCUACCUCGGCAACAAGAUCAUAUCGUAUGGAGGACAGUUGAAGUUUUCUGUUGAGUUUGACACCUACGACGAUGGGGAAAUGGUCGAAGGAACACCUGAUGUUAUCCUCAUGGGGAACAAUAUGAGCCUUGUGCACAGUAUUGUAUCAGAAACUGACCAGACCGAAUACACUGUUGACCUUCGUGAGUCUCAUUUCUAUCACGAAGGCACCCACGGUCCAGUGCAGAGGUCACAGCUGAUGAUGGUGCUGGUGAACUUAGAAGCUCUCUACAUCAAAGCAUCCAAGAGCAGCUCAUCAACAAGGGUCAAGUUAACUAACGUCCAACUAGAUGUGGCCACCUCAGAAAUUAGUGGUGACCGUCCAGCGUACACAGUGGAGCAGUGUCAUUGUCCAGCAAGUUAUGAAGGAUCUUCUUGUGAGAAAUGUGCUCCCGGUCACUACAGACAUCAAACCACUCCAUUCCUCGGCAUCUGUUCUCCCUGUCAAUGCAAUGGUCAUGCAGAUCAGUGUGACCCCAACACGGGUCAGUGUUUGAGUUGCCGUGACAACACUGAGGGUAGACACUGCGAGCGAUGCAGAGCUGGUUACCAUGGUGACCCAAGAAGAGGAGGAUGUAGCAUGUGCACGUGUCCCCUUGAUUCAGAAUCCAACAACUUUGCUGACACAUGUUAUGCAAACCAGCGAGGACUUGUAACACACUGUGACUGUCAACCAGGCUAUGCAGGGAAUCACUGUGAAAGGUGUGCAUCCGGAUUUUACGGCCAGCCGACGGUCCUCGGCCAGAAAUGCCAGCCCUGUUUCUGCAGCGGAAACAUCGACCCAAGCGUGGAAGGUAGCUGUGACCAGACCACUGGAGCGUGUCACAUCUGCACCAACAACUCCACCGGACCGAACUGUGAGCUGUGCCGCCACUGGUGGUAUGGUGAUGCUGUGAGGGCAAAGAACUGUAAACCCUGCACCUGUGACAGAUGUGGUACUGUGAACUGUGGUGAAUUUGGAACCUGCGAAUGCAAAGAGAACAUUAUCGGCAUCAACUGUGAUCGGUGUUUGCCAAACUACUGGGGAUAUCACGACUGCAACGGCUGCAAGAAGUGCGAGUGUGCAGCUGCUUCUGUUAGCGAGCAGUGUGAUGAAUAUUCAGGACAAUGUGAAUGUCGCGAAGGGGUCAUCGGUCAGAAGUGUGACCAUUGCCAAUCUGACUACUGGAACUACAAACCUACUGGUUGCCAGAAGUGUCAAUGCAUGAAUGAAGGUUCGAUUACCUGUGACUCGGAGACAGGAGCCUGUAUUUGUCAGCCAGGAUUCCGAGGGGUCAACUGCAGCCAAUGUGAUAAAGGAUGGGUACAUAUACCCGGAAAAGGAUGCGUUGUGUGUGAUAAGUGUACCAAGUUCCUGACUGACGAACUUUACGAGCUAAGCCGGAACAUAACGAUUACAAAGAGAGAACUUCACAGUGUGACAGUUGGUGUUACAGCACUAAACUCCCUAAGGGAGUUAGGCCAAUCAGUGAACAAAUACCAGCCGGAGGUUACAGCAUUCUUAAGAGGAGAGAAUCCCAACCUUUUGUCAUUGAAGGAACACAGGGACAUGGUUGAGUCCCUGGGACACCAGGUUGAUGUACUGAAGACUAAAGCUAAAAGUGGAGCAUUACGUUCUCACGAACUUUUGGAAAAACUUGAGGACCUAAAGGUCGGCACAAAGGAUGUUGAUGACCUCACCAAGGAUGUGAUCCACUUUAUCAAAGUGACUGUAGAUUAUCUGAAGUCCUUAACGACAUACACUGGGCCCAGUACCAACCUGGAGGCCUACAUCAAAAGAGCCAACAUCCUACUCGAUGAAAUGAAUGAACUAAACCACGUCGACGCCCGACAGGAGAGUGCCGACGAGUUGGACUUAUCCAUGAAAACCAGUGAAGUUGUGGUGGAAUACAGCCAGAAGAAAGUUGACCCCGAGGAACACUUCAACAUGACAAGGGACAAAAUCGAUGGGGUCAGAGAGAAACUUUACGACCUCCAGAGUAACUCCAGGGAUGCAGGGGAGCUGAGCAGCUCAGCCCUUAAUCUAGUGCAACAACUAAACAACAGCUUGUCAGCGAAUGCUAUGCACAGUAUCAACACAACAACCAGCAAAAUCACUCAGACGAUAUCAAUGGCAAGAACAAUGUUUGAAGAGAUCUACGCCAACGACAAUGACCUGAAGGAGCUUUCAGCCAAACUGGGCGACAAGGUGUCAGACCUGAGCGGCUUCUUUGAUGACCUGAAAAACUUCAUUGAUGAACCUGUGGACGAAGCUCAUGAAAACGUCAGUAAGGCUAUACAGCACAGUGAUGAGAUACAAAGGGAAAUUCAGAGUUUGGACAGUAUUUAUGUCAACACGAAAUCAGCCUCCGAUACCUCUGUGAAGGCUGCAAACUCCUACAAGAACAUCAUCAUGUCCAUUGAGGAUGCGACUGUGGCAGCAAACGAUGCACUAAAUGUCUCACAGAUUUCACACGAUAUGUCCCAGGGAGUUGGUGAAAAUUCUAUGAUAUCCAAAUGGACCAGCUUGGAAAUUAAGAUGAAUGCUAGCGCUGCCUAUGACAUCACAACUCAAGAUUUGGCCAACCAGUUGCAGAGUGUGCAGUCCCUCGGGGACAGGGUUGAAAAAUUAAACAAAGAAAUACAGGUCAAGCUGGAGCAAUUUCAAGACCUACAUCAUGACAACUACACCGCAUCUGCACAUGCUAUCGCAAUGGAGGCCAUGGAAACAAGUGACAAAGCAAGCGAGGUGCUCAUAAAAGCCAAUAGCAUCCGUCCUGAGGAUAAAAACUUGAUGUCGUCCAUCCCACUUCACCACUCAGACACCAACGAAUCUGUGACGAACGGUUUGAAACAGGUGGAUAAAGCCCGUGAGCUACUUCCAAACAUCACAUCCAUGAUUCAAUACAUUCUUGACAAGAAAGACGCAGCUUUGUCCCGGGCUCGUAAUGCAUCACUUGAUGUGAAAGAGCUCAGGAAGAAGAUUGAGCUGGCAAGGUCACAGGCAAAUCAAAUCCUCGUGGGACUCAAGUUCUCUGACACUGCCGUCCGACUACGCAACCCUCCUCAAGUUGACUCCUCCGGCUCCUACACCAAAGUCUCCAUGCAUGUUAAGACCUAUGCCAGGAACGGCCUCUUAACCUAUAUUGGAGGACCAAAACACGAAGUGCAGACCCAGGAUUACCUGUCCCUGGAGGUGGCCGAUGGCCGAGUUAUGCUCAGGUUUGAUCUUGGUUCUGGGCCAGGAAUUGUCUAUCAUCCGAAACAGAUUGAUGAUGGUGAAUGGCAUUACAUUGAGGCUGAGAGGAUUGGUGCAGUCGGCUCCCUGAAAGUGGUCACCGAUGGAGAGGAUAUGAUCAAAAUGAACGGGACGUCUGGCGGAACGAACUCUGUGCUGCUGCUUCGGAAACACGAGACCUACUUCUUCGUGGGAGGUUUCCCUCAAUCUGUGACGCUCCCUGAUGACAUCACCAGAACCCGAUUCGAAGGGGCAGUGGAGAGAUUCGUCUACAAUGACUAUCCCAUGGGUCUAUGGGACUUUGUCAGUGCUGAGAAUAACUACGAUGGAGUUACCGCUCGGUUGAUCAAACGGAAGACCUUCGAUGGCUACAGGUUCGAUGGAGACAGCUACUUCGAGCUGAAAGCCGCGUACAACGUGCAGAAGAAAUUCGACAUCAGCCUCUCUUUCAACACGUUCAAACCCGACGGACUGCUGCUGCUAAUGUACGACACAAAGUCACAAGAUUUUGCGUCCAUCGACAUGCGAGACGGUCGUAUUGUGUACCAGUAUGACCUGGGCGGUGGACGUGCGUUUAUUGCGACGAAAGAACGUUAUAACGACGGAAAAUGGCACCAGGUCCAAAUACGACGACAUUUCCAGGAAGGACAUCUCAGUAUGGAUUCAGGAACAGCAACAUAUUUGGACACAUCUCCAGGAAACCUGAAAAUGUUAGCUGUAAAGAAACUCUUCAUUGGAGGUUAUAAUGAUUAUCUAGACAUGCCUAGAAACAAUUUAUCAAAUUUUGGUUUCAAUGGCUGUAUAAAGAGCCUACAGUUUAACACAGACAGCACAGGAUUUGAAAACAGAAUUCUGGCUCACAAAGUUAUUCCAGGUUGUCCAGAACAGAUUGCCCGAGGGGUGAACUUCCCACCUCCAGGUAAGAACUACGUAACCAAAUACCUGGAAAUGACCACCAGCCCUCGCUUCCACCUAACGAUGAAGAUCCGAACAGAACAGUCCGAUGGUUUAUUAAUGUUUGCACAGUCUCCUUCUAAUGAGAGGCGGUAUCUGGCCAUAUUCGUCUCAUCCGGUCACAUCACAGUAGUACGAGACAACGGACCGGAGGUGAAAAGUAAGAUCGGUAACUACAACGACGGCAGCUGGCACUACAUCUCUGUGGUGCAAGAUGGCCAGGAGCUGACCCUCAACAUCAACGACGUCGAUAUGGCAGUCGGCCUUGCCACAACAGGACUGAACGCAGAUGUACAACUGUAUUUUGGUGGCAUACCUGAAGAUAUUAGCCUCCCUGGAGGUGUACCAGAUGUUCAGUUCUAUGGUUGUAUAGAAGACGUUACUAUAAAUGGCCUAUUCUUUAAUUUUGCCACAGCCAAACACAGUCCCGGUGUGAGGGUAAACAUCUGUCCCCUGGACAUAUCAACCACAGUCCCAUCAACAUCAGUCGUUCCAGCCACACCACCACCCACGUUACCUCCAGGACAGUGUGCCCUUCCCAAAGUCCCUGCUGCAGCAGAUUCCUAUUCAGCAUCAGGACACAGAUUCGGGGCCACAUCUAAUGCCAGUCGAUGGGAAGUAAACAUUCGCAACAAGAACAACAGAAAGAACCACUUGUCCAUUGAGUUCCAGACAAUGACACCAGAUGGCGUGCUACUCUAUGCUGCUGACAAAAAACAUAGAGACUUUAUUAGUGUCUACCUGAAAGGUGGAGAGGUGCGUUUCUCCUACAACUGCGGAAGUGGAGUUGCCACCCUCAGAUCAACCAGUGCAUAUAAUGAUGGAAAAUGGCAUAAGGUGACAAUACUUCGAUUCAACAAACAAGGAACGAUGAGUAUCGAUAGUGGCAAAGCCUUGCGGACAACAUCUCCCGGAACUACCUCAUCACUGGACAUUACCAGGACAUACAGCUUUGGCGGUUUGAGUCCAGAGAAUCAGAAACUGGCCAGAAGAAAUCUAAAGAACAUGAAUCUACAGUUUAUAGGAUGCUUGAAGAACAUUAAAUUCAGCAAGAAGAAGAUAACAGAAGACCAGAGUAAAUCCUUCAACGUGGAACCUUGUUCUGGUAUGGCAGAGUUUGGUACAUUCUUCAUAGAUGGAUAUGUCAAACUUUUUGACAAAUACCACAUUGGCACUGACCUAAAGGUCACGAUGGAGGUCAAGCCAAGGUCAAUGUCUGGUGUCCUGUUUGCCGUCCACGGAACCGAAGAUUUUAUGUUGGUGCAGAUCGUUAAUGGAGUGGUUCAGCUGUCCUUUGAUAAUGGUAUGGGCAUUAUUUCAACAGUCAGUCAACCGGGACGAAAUAAUCAGAUCUGUAAUGGUCAGUGGCACCGGAUUAAAGUGGGCAAGUCCAAAACCCUGGCCACCCUAGAAGUGGACGGUAAAGAGUUCCCUGUUGGCAAAGGUAAAGUAGGGGCCUCUUCUGCAGACACCAAUCAUCCCCUCUACAUUGGUGGAGUCCCAGCUGGAGUUAAAUGGAAGGAUGUCCAGGCCACUAGUCCGUACGUAGGCUGCAUACGCAACGUGAAGCUGAAUAAUAAGGCCCAUGUACUGGCAGCUGGGGAACCGUCGGGAGACCUCAAGUUUGGGUUCUGCCCCACGAUAUAGGAACGACGUGCAGCAGUGGAUACGACAAAGAGGAAAAAGAAGAAAACGAAGAAGUAAAUGAAAUGAGGGAAAAAAAAAAAGGAAGAAAAAGAAAUGAAAUACGAUGAAUAAAAAAUAAUAAUAAAA